UAAAACAUUAAAAAUCAUUGUUCUAUGGCGGAAGAUGAUUAUAAAUUUGUGAAAGAUGGAACGGUGGACUACAAAAAUAAUCCAGCAAUCAAGAACCAAACUGGAACUUGGAGAGCUUGCCCCUACAUCCUUGGAAAUGAAUGUUGUGAGAGGCUGGCAUAUUAUGGGAUAAACACAAAUUUAGUGAAUUAUCUGAAAAAUCAGAUGAAUGAGAGUAGUGUUGUAGCAGUUAAUAAUGUUACAAAUUGGUCAGGAACAUGUUAUGUUACACCAUUGCUAGGUGCAUUUCUAGCUGAUGCUUAUUUGGGAAGAUUUUGGACUAUUGCUGCCUUCUCAAUCAUCUAUGUCUUUGGGAUGACAGUACUAACAUUAUCAGCAUCAAUACAUGGAUUAAAACCACCUUGUGAUGACAACAAUUCAUGUGAGCCUAAAGGAUUACAGAUUGGAAUAUUUUACUUAGGUCUUUACCUAAUAGCACUUGGUACUGGUGGAAUAAAACCUUGUGUUUCAUCAUUUGGUGCUGAUCAAUUUGAUGAUUCUGAUGAAACAGAGAAGAAAAAAAAGAGUUCUUUCUUUAAUUGGUUUUAUUUUUCUAUCAACAUUGGCGCGCUCGUUGCAUCGACCGUUCUUGUUUGGAUACAAACAAAUGUUGGAUGGAGUUGGGGAUUUGGUAUUCCUGCUGUUGCUAUGGCUAUUGCUGUUGUAAGUUUUUUUUCAGGAACAAAACUUUAUAGGAAUCAAAAACCUGGUGGAAGUCCACUUACAAGGAUAUUUCAAGUUGUGGUUGCAUCUUUUAGGAAAAUUAAAGUUAAGGAUACUUCUGUUUUGUUUGAAACUAAUGAUGAAGAAUCUCUUGUACAAGGUAGCAGGAAACUUGAUCAUACUCAACAAUUGAGUUUCUUUGAUAAGGCAGCAGUGGAGACAGAAUCAGAUAAAAUCAAAGGGUCAAUUAAUCCAUGGAGCCUUUGUACUGUGACACAAGUAGAAGAAUUGAAAUCAAUCCUAAGGCUAUUGCCUAUAUGGGCAACUGGUAUAAUCUUUAGUAGUGUGUAUAGCCAAAUGGGAACCUUAUUUGUUCUCCAGGGCAACACAAUGGAUCUUCACAUGACCAAAUCCUUUGAAAUCCCUUCAGCUUCCCUAUCCCUUUUCGACACGAUCAGUGUCAUUUUCUGGGUACCUAUCUAUGACCGUGUGAUUGUUCCGUUAGCCAGAAGAAUCACAGGUCAUAGGAACGGUUUCACUCAGCUACAAAGGAUAGCAAUUGGACUCAUAAUCUCAAUUUUCGCGAUGUUGAUUGCUGGAACAUUGGAAAUGGUUAGACUGGAAAGUGUAAAACAACAUAAUUACUACGAAAAGAAGCAUAUACCUAUGUCGAUUUUUUGGCAAGUUCCUCAAUAUUUUGUUAUAGGUUGUGCUGAAGUUUUUACAUUCAUUGGACAAUUGGAGUUCUUCUAUGAACAAGCCCCUGAUGCUAUGAGAAGUUUAUGUUCAGCUCUGUCACUUAUAACGACCGCGCUCGGGAACUAUCUGAGUACAUUUUUGGUGAAUGUUGUGACUGAUAUGAGUACUAGACAUGGUGGUGCUGGUUGGAUUCCUGAUAAUUUGAACUAUGGUCAUCUACAUUACUUUUUCUGGCUUUUGGCUGUGCUAAGUGUGAUCAAUUUUGGAUUUUUUCUCUUUGUUGCUAAAUUUUAUACUUAUAAGAAGGCAAUAAUAGGUCCAUCCUCAUAA